AUGUUGUCCACGAUAGAGCUACAGAGUUGCAGUUUCAGUGGACUAGUACCAAAUUCAAUGGCAAACCUUGCUCGGCUUCUUUAUUUGGACUUGUCAUCCAAUAUGUUUACUGGUACAAUUCCAUCGUUUCGGACGUCUAGGAAUAUGACCCACAUAGACCUUUCUCGUAAUGAUUUAAUGGGUCCUAUCCCUUUCAGUCACUUCAAAGGCCUUCUCGAUCUUGAAUAUAUUGAUCUGCGAUUCAAUUCGUUUAAUGGUAGCAUUCCAUCGUCUUUGUUUGGUCUUCCAUCAUUGCAGAAACUUCUGCUUGCCAACAACCAUUUUGAUGGUCUACAUGCUGAUUUUUCUAAUGCAUCCGUGCCUCAUUUGGAUACACUCGAUUUGAGUAGCAACAAUUUAAGAGGACCUAUUCCUUUUUCUAUAUUUGAACUCAGAAGGCUUAAUGUCCUCCUCCUAUCAUCCAACAACUUGAAUGGCAGUAUACAGCUUGAAAUGUUUCAAAGGUUCAGUGAUCUCACUGUUCUUGAUCUUUCGUAUAACCAGUUAUCAGUUGAUGCAAAUGGCAGUAAUUCUAGCUUUUCUUCCUUCCCCCAUAUUGCUGCAUUGAAAUUGGCUUCUUGCAACCUCCAAAGUUUUCCUGACCUAAAGAACCAAUCAAAAUUGUUCUACUUAGACCUCUCAGACAACAAAAUUGGUGGGAAAAUUCCAAACUGGAUCUGGGGAGUUGGUGAUGGAGCUCUUGUUCACUUGAACCUUUCUUAUAAUCUCUUAGUGGGUCUGCAAGAACCUUUUGUUUUUCCUAGUCUUGGUAUUCUUGACCUGCAUGCGAACCACAUCCGGGGGAAAAUCCCAACACUGCCACAAGAUAUUACCUAUGUGGAUUACUCUAACAAUAAUUUCAACUGUUCAAUUCCUCUUGACAUUGGUAAUAACCUCACUAGUGCUUAUUUCUUUUCUGUUUCAAACAAUAACCUCACUGGAAACAUCCCUGAAUCCAUAUGCAAUGCCCGCUACAUUCAAAAUCUUCAGCUUUCCAACAACCAUUUCGAUGGUCUGCUUGCUGAUUUUCCCAAUGCAUCCUUGUCUCAGUUGGACACACUUGAUUUGAGUAGCAACUAUUUAAGUGGACCUAUUCCCAUGUCUCUCUUUGAACUCGGAAGGCUUAAUAUCCUCUCAUUGUCAUCCAACAACUUGAAUGGCAGUAUACAGCUUGAAAUGUUUCAAAGGCUCAGUAAUCUCACUUAUCUCGAUCGUUCAUAUAGCCGGUUAUCAAUUGAUGCAAAUGGAAGCAAUUUUGACGUUCCUUCCUUUCCCAAGUUCUCCACGUUGCAAUUGGCCUCUUGCAAUCUCCAAAGGUUUCCUAAGCUAAAGAAACAAUAA